GCUAGCAUCAAACAGUAAUAGAUUAACGCUCGUGGAAUUCGCUUCGCUUCCACAGAAGGACGAUAAACGUGCUGUGCCCGCACUGUUGUCAAUAGUCUAGUUAGCCUAAGAGCCAGAGCCGUUGAAGACGAGGCAUUACGAGAGCCCUCAGCAUGGGGGUGGCUGAAGAUUUCGCUCCCAGCUUUGUUAAAAAGCCGCAGCUGCGUCAAGAGGAUGACGGCAAUCGUUUGAUAUUUGAAUGUCAGCUAUUGUCUUCCCCGAAGCCUGAUAUCGAAUGGUUUCGCAGCGAUAAUAAACUAACGGAGGAUGGCCGAACAAAAUUCAAAAUUCAACCCAUCGGGGACAACAAGUAUACGGUAGUGUUAGAACUCGAUGAUGUAGUAGAAACAGAUGCUGGUCUUUACAAGGUCAAAGCCAAGAAUAAAUCGGGCGAAGUAUCUGCAUCAAUUAAUUUAAAUUUCACACUGGGCAAGUUCUCGCUGGCUGAAGAUCCAGGACAAAUCGACGGUUUCGCGCCGACAUUCGCGAAAAAGCCCGCAAUACGACAGGAAGAAGAUGGAAAACGGUUAUUAUUUGAGUGCCGUGUCAAUGCAGAUCCAUUACCCAAUAUUACGUGGUUUCAUGAUGGCACGCCCGUCAAGGAGUCACCCCGACAUAAGCUAACAAUUGAUAAAGACGUCCACUCAUAUUUUGCAACACUUGAGAUACAAAAUGUUACAGUUGAGGAUGCUGGCAAAUACAAAGUGAAUGCAAAAAAUGAGUUGGGCGAGAGCAAUGCAACGAUAAGCCUGAACUUUGACAGCGAUGAAGCUCCCGUGCCGGAAAGCGCCGAAGGCAUAAAGCCCACAUUUACUGAACGCCCAGUCAUACGUCAAAGCGAAGACGGCGGAAACGUCACAUUUGAAUGUAGAUGUGUUGGAGAUCCAACCCCAACGGUUACCUGGUCCCAUGGCGAGACAGUGUUGAAAGAGGGCAAACGCUACAAAAUGUCCUUAACAUUGGAUCAGAAACUAUAUCAUAUGGCACGCUUAGAGAUUAGUAGUGUUGUCUCUAGUGAUCAGGGAGAAUACCGUGCGCAAGCGAAAAACAAGCAUGGCAUGGGAGUGGCAACAAUCAAUUUAAAUUUCGAGAGUGGUUCGAAAAAAAUUCCGGACGGUAAGUCGCCACGUUUUCCUAAAAAGCCAACCAUUCGCCAGGAGGAGGACAUUCUGAUCAUGGAGUGUGUACUGGAAGCCCAUCCAGUACCGGAUAUAACAUGGUAUUGCUCAGAUAAGCAAAUUCUAGAUACCGAACGUACUAAAAUGACGCGUAAGGCAGUUACCAAAGACAGCUAUAUCCUAACGCUCGAGAUCCAAAAUCCAACUAAGGAUGACGGCGGUAACUACCGCUGUAACGCCAUAAAUAUGUAUGGAGAGAGUAAUGCAAACAUAGCGCUUAACUUCCAAGGUGCAAGCGAUGCCAAUGGCUUUGCGCCAUCGUUCAUCGAGAAACCCAGAAUUAUACCCAACGAGUCGGGAACGCUUAUCACCAUGAAAUGCAAGUGCAAGGCUAAGCCUGAACCCACCGUCACAUGGUAUCGAGGCCAGGAUAUUGUGGAGAAAAGUAAGAAAAUCAAGAUAAACACAACUGUUAUUGCUGAAGACACAUACGAAUUGACGCUGGAAAUAAAGGAUCCCGGCGCAACCGAUGGCGGUACUUACAGAUGUAAUGUAAAGAACGAGUAUGGCGAAUCGAACGCCAAUCUCAACCUAAACAUUGAAGCCGAACCUGAGCCGGAGGGUGAGGGUCCGACCUUCAUUGAAAAGCCACGCAUUGUCUCUGAAAACAAUGGCAAGCUCGUCAUUAUGGAGUGCAAAGUCAAAGCCGAUCCAAAACCAGACAUUGUUUGGUUCAGAAAUGGUGAGGUUAUUAAAGAGAGUAACAAACUCAAAAUGUCAAUGGAACAGCGCGGUGAUCAAUACUACAUUAAGCUGGAGUUGAUUGAUCCCCAACUGGAAGAUUCAGGCCUAUAUAAGUGCAAUAUCAAGAACACAUUGGGCGAGCUUAAUGCCAACCUAACUCUUAAUAUUGAAAUUGUGCCUGUUAUAAAGGAUAAGCCCAAGAUCAUUAAGAUCAUUAAGAAGAGAACUGUGGUGAUCGAAUGCACCGUAGCUUCCAAAUUUGAACCGAAAUGUACGUGGUUUAAGGAAACCAACGCGGUAGUAGAGAGCAAACGUCACGUUUACUUGGUAGAGCAAACGAAGGAGGGUGAAUUUGCCGUUAAGUUGGAGAUUAAUGAGGUAGAAGAGAGUGAUAAGGGAGCCUACAAAUUGGUCGCCAGCAACGAGAAGGGCGAAGCAGUCUCUCAAAUUGUCAAUCUCGUUGACAUUCCUGAAGAAGAACGAAAACCAACGAAGCCAGAAAUCGCCCGCAAGCUUGUCGACCAAAAGGUUACAGAAAGUAAGACUUUCGAGCUACUAAUCAGUCUUAAGCAGUCCGACCGAAAGGUUAAGGUGGAGUGGUACAAGGGCACUACGUUAAUAAGGGAAACCAAAGAUAUAACUACAACAUUUGACGGAACGACGGCGCGCCUGACGUUCAGUAGCGCCAAGUCGGAGCAUACUUCCAAUUACAAGGUCAUUGUUAUCAAUGAAGUAGGUAAGGAUGAGUCCACCUGCAAAAUAACUGUGGAGAAGAAGGACAAGAAGAAGGAUGAGAAGGAGGAGAAGGAGAAGGAAGAGGCCGAAAAGAAACGCAAGGUAAUUGAAAAGAAAACUAAAGCUGAAGUUCAGCAGCAACAACAAAAACAACAACAACAAAUUGAAGUCCACGAAGAAGAGCAUACAAAAGUCCAGAAAAUCCAGAUAGAGCAACAGCAAGAACAGGUUUUAAUCCAAGAACAAACUCAGCAAGUCCAGCAAGUGCAGCAAAUGCAGCAAGUGCAGCAAAUGCAGCAAGUGCAGCAAAUGCAGCAAGUUCAGCAAAUGCAGCAAGUUCAGCAAACGCAGAAAAUGCAGCAAACCCAAUCAACCCUGCAGGUACAGAGUGUACAGAGUGAAAAGGUCGAGCAAAGCAGCCAGAGACGGGUGUCCUUUAGUGUAGCCAAACAGCAAGCUCAACACUUAGAAGUGCACCAAGAAGUGAGCAUUCAAGAACAAAGCAAACAGCUUCAGGUCGAUUCCCGCAAGCUUUCAGUGGCGGAGGCAACGCAAGGACAAGCGGAACAGAUCGGCCUCAAAAAGGUUGAGCGUAAGGAUGCUGAUGAGCCUUCUAAGCCAGAGGUUUCUGAUACUCAAUCUGACUCUGACGAGGCCAGCGUUGUGUCCAUUAAGGAGGAAUCCAAAUCUGAGGUACGUCGUAAGUCGGUCAUCAAAACGCAGGAGGAUACAUUGAUCCAAGAUGAAAAGGUUUCCUCAAGGAGAUCCUCUCUUGCGGUUGAAGAGUCUAGAUCUGAGUCUAGACGCACCUCUGUCGUUGACAAAAAGGCGUUGGAGCAGACUGAAAGCAAAAAAGUUGAACCAAACAAAAACCCACAAGCUAUUAAAGAAGAGAUUCCCAAAUUGAAACCAGCAGAAAAACGGCGUGUAUCGAAGCCAAUUGAGGAACCGAAGCCAGCCGAAGAACUUCCCAAGUUGCGCAAAACAUCUAUUGCGUCACCGAAAGAGGAAGCCAAGCCCGAACCGGCCAAGCCAAAGGCCAAGGCUAAGCCAAAGGCUAAGCCCAAGUAUGAAGAGCUACCCGAAAUACCUGAUUACGAGCGUCCUGUGCUAGAAAAGUACGAAAAGUCAGAAUUCGAGCCCUCAGACUUUGCACGCGAGCUCGAAAUACCAAAUAAAAUGGAGAAACCACUGUUCGAUGCUGGCAAGAAAGAGGCGGAAGCAGCACCACAGAAGAAUGGACUGCCCAAGAAAGCUGAGGCCGUUCAGCAAGAGGUGGAGGAGCCAAGGAAACUGAAACUGGGCAAAGGCAAGCUACCUGAUGAAGAUGAUGGUAGGGACGGUGCCACGCUCAAGCCAGUUAUUGUGGAACCAGAGAAGGAAAAGACAGCCACAGAGGCCGAAAAAGCACCUGAGGAUGAUAAGCCAAAGGCACCCAGAAUGCAGCCGCCUGCCCCUGGCGAGCCGCCAAAGAUCGAGGUGAUUCGUGAGAAACGCCCAUCACUUGCCCCAGAGCCGCCCAGUCGUCGUGGCUCCCUUAUUCCACCAGCCGAUACGGGUCGACGACCAUCGCUCAUUAUUAAUGACGAGAAGAAACUCCGCCCCGGCGAAGUCCUGGACUCACGGAGGAGACGACCCUCGAUCGAUGUGCGCCGUCCCAGCGUACAGGACUUGGAGGACCUUAUCAAUAAGCCAUCGACUCCAUUGCGCGAUGUCGGCGAUGGCGGUCCACCCGCUAUUGUUGAUGUCCAGGAGUCCUACUCAGUGGUCGAAGACUCGACGGCCUACCUUACGGUCGGUGUCGAGGGUAAUCCGGCACCCACAUUCAAGUUCUACAAAGGAGUUAGUGAGAUUCUUGAAGGCGGACGUUAUAAGUUCCUAACAGAUGGACAAACAAACACAAUUACUCUGUGUAUGCGUAAGUGCAAGCCCAACGAUGAAGGCAAAUAUAAGGUCGUUGUCUCGAACAUACACGGCGAAGACUCGGCUGAGAUGCAGCUAUAUGUCUCCGAUUCUAGUGGCAUGGAUUUCCGUGCCAUGCUUAAGAAACGUCGUUAUCAAAAAUGGGACAAAGAAGAACAAGAUCCCAAUUGGGGAGAUCUUAAAGAAACUGAAAAACCGUUACCUGCUCUUAAAAAAGUUGAAAGGAAGGUGGAGUCGUUCCUAAGUCCUCUCAUCGAUCAAUUUGCCAAGGAAGGCAAGGAUAAGAAGGUUGUGUUUGAAGCAAGAUUCAGCAAGCCCAACUGCAAGGCCAAAUGGCUGUUCAGGAAGGAGGAGGUGUUCACUGGCAGCAAAUUCAAGUUCAAGAACGAGAACGAUACCUAUCAGCUGAUAAUUACGACACCCAAGGUGGAGGACACUGGCAAGUACACCAUCGAAAUCGGCGGUGUGUCCAGCACGGCGUUCCUCAACGUCGAAGAGGCUGAUCCCUCAUAUACCUUCACUAAGCCGCUCAAGAAGAAGCUCGAAGGAUUCACCGAACACGAAACGACCUUGGAGUGCUCCGUAAGCAGCAGCAUGGCCAAUGUGCACUGGUUCAAGGAUAACAAAAAGAUCGAGUCUGAUGAUCCUCGUUAUUUGAUCUCUAAAGAUAUUAAUGGCAACCUUAAGUUGAUUAUUAAGGAGUCGGUGCUGGAGGAUUCUGGCCAGUACAGAUGUCAAUUGGACAAGCAGCCCGACAAGACCGAGUGCGCUCUCAAAGUUGUUGAGUAUCCUUACAAGUUUGUUAAGGUUCUAAAAUCACAACAGUGCAUUGAGAAGGACACCGUUACUCUGGCCUGUGAGAUCGACGAUGCACAGGGCGAAGUUCAAUGGUUCCGCAACAAUGAAGAAAUCAAGCCAGAUAAACGCAUGCAGAUCGUUAAGGAAGGUCGCAAGCGUAAACUUAUUAUUAAGGACUGCAAGGUUACCGAUGCUGGCCAAUUCAAGUGCACAACUAAUGCUGAUAAGACUGAAGCUGAAAUAAUAAUUAACUAUCAAAAUCGCUUUAACAAAAAGCUCAAGGAUACAGAUGCCGUGGAGCGUGAGAAAUUGGUACUCGAUGUCGAGCUUCAAGACCAAACUGCACCAUGCGAUUGGAAAUUCAAUGGAGAGCCGAUAGUGCCGAGCGAUCGCAUCGAAAUCAAGAACUUGGGUGGUGGUAAACAUCAAUUGAUUUUCAAUAAUUUAGAACUGACUGAUCAGGGCGAAAUCACGUGUGAGUCGGGACAACUAACGUCGUCAUGCAAGCUGUCCGUGCGCAAGGGAGAGAGCAGGCCCAACAUUGACUGUCCAGAAGAGUUUGCUGGCCCAAUAAGUGCGCCUGUAAUCAUAGAAGUACCAUACAAAGUAAGCGGUACCAAACAAUCUCCUGUUGAGGCCAAAUUGGUCAAGGAUGGCAAGCCAUUGCCUGUUAAAGAUGUUGAGGUGGCUAUUACAGAUGAUAAAGUCACAUUCAAAAUCAAGAAACCAUCCAGGGAUAUGUCAGGCCCGUAUCAAAUCAAGUUAUCGAACGCACAAGGAGAGGAUACCAAAGAUGUCAAAAUUACUUGCCAAGAUGUUCCUCAGCCACCGCAAGAUGUUGAUGUCACAGAUGUGUAUCAAACAUCUUGUGUUGUGAACUUCAAACCACCUCCCGAUGAUGGAGGCACUCCACUGACCAAAUACAUUAUUGAACGGCAAGAUCUUAGUAAGAAACAAGGCUGGGAACCUGUCGCUGAAGUUUUGCCAAGUGAACCAUGUUCCAAGAAAAUUGAGGACUUAGUGCCAAAGAAGCAGUACAGAUUCCGCAUACGUGCUGUAAAUAAAAUUGGCCCAUCAGAUCCGGCCACCUUCAAGAAUUCAAUUCUUGCCAAGGAUCCAUGGGAUGAGCCUGGCAAGCCCAAAGAUGUUGACCUUACCGAUUGGGAUAAGGAUCAUGCCGAUCUUAAAUGGGAAGCACCAGAUAGCGAUGGUGGAGAUCCCAUCACAUCCUAUGUCAUUGAGUACAAAGAGAAGUUCUCAAAUGAUUGGGUGGCCGGUAAAGAAGUGCCUGGAGAUGCUAGAGCAGGCACCGUUGAUGGACUUAAAGAGGGCCAGCAGUACGAAUUUCGAGUCCGUGCUGUUAAUCGGGCAGGGCCUGGCGAACCUAGCGACAAAACAAAAGCCAUUAUUGCGAAGUGCCGUUUCGUCAAACCAUUCCUUGUUGGCGAUGGCCUCAAAAAUAUCACGGUCAAGAAAGGACAAACCGUACGCUAUGAUAUUAAAUACGAUGGUGAGCCUGAACCAACGGCAACAUGGGUGAAGGGCACCGAAAACGUGAAGUUCGACAACCAGCGCAUUUGUCUGGAACAACUGGAACGUAACUCGUCAAUAACUAUCAAGAAAGCUAUCCGUGGCGAUACUGGCAAAUAUAAAUUGGUUUUGACAAAUAGCUCAGGCACCAUUGAGUCUGAGGCUCAAGUCAUAGUCUUGGAUCGCCCAUUGGCUCCGGGUGGUCCAUUCGAACCCGAAGAAGUUCGCGCCAAUCAUAUCAAGAUGAAGUGGAAGCGACCUCAAGACGACGGUGGCUGUGAAAUCACCGGCUACGCCCUUGAGCGCAUGGAUGAAGAAACGGGUCGUUGGAUUCCAGCCGGAGAGGUUGGUCCCGAUGAGACCUCCUUCGACUUCAAGGGACUUACACCAAACAAGAAAUACAAGUUCCGUGUCAAAGCCAUCAACAAAGAGGGCGAAUCUGAGCCACUUGAGACAACCGACGCCAUUGAAGCCAAGAAUCCCUACGACCCACCAAGUCCACCUAGUCAGCCAACUAUCGACGAUUACGAUAACAAGAGUGUGUCACUUAAGUGGAAGAGACCGCCCUCCGAUGGUGGUCGCCCAGUUACUCACUAUAUUGUUGAAAUGAAGGACAAAUUCUCGCCAACAUGGACCGAAGUAGCCAAGACAGAAGAUCCCACACCCGAAUGUAAGGUUGAGGGACUUAAAGAGAAAAUGGUUUAUCAGUUUCGCGUACGCGCUGUCAACAAAGCUGGUGCUUCAGAGCCUUCGCAGCCCACUGAUAACCAUCUCUGCAAACACAGGAACCUUAAACCACAAAUCGAUAGAUCCACAUUCAAGCGCGUUACUAUCAAGAGUGGUCGUACCCACAAGUGGUCGGUCGACGUUGUCGGCGAGCCUGUUCCAGAAUUGCACUGGAGUUGGCGUGAUGAUGUGCCGCUCACGACAGGAGAUCGGAUUAAGAUUGAAAAUGUCGACUACCAUACAGACUUUGUUAUUACCAAUGCCGUGCGCAAGGAUAGCGGCUUCUACACUCUCAAGGCGGAAAAUCGCAACGGUGUAGAUCGUGAAACAGUUGAAUUGGUUGUGCUCGGUAAGCCCAGUGCACCCAAAGGACCUCUUGCAGUCAGCGAUGUUACCUCAACUGGCUGUAAAUUGCAAUGGAAAAAGCCAGAGGACGACGGCGGUGUUCCAAUUAAGGAAUACGUUGUUGAGAAAAUGGAUACAGCUACUGGAAAGUGGGUACGCGUUGGCCGCUCUCCAGGUGAGAAGGAGCCACCAAGCUUCGAUGUGACAGGUCUCAAUCCUGGAUCUGAGUACAUGUUCCGCGUCUCCGCUGUCAAUGAGGAAGGUGACUCUGAGCCAUUGACUACAUUGGUUGGCGUUGUUGCCAAGGAUCCAUUCGAUGAGCCCAACAAGCCCGGCACACCAGAGGUUACAGAUUACGAUAACCAAAGUGUCAGUCUCAAAUGGACAGCACCCAAUAACGAUGGUGGUGCUCCAAUUCAGAAAUAUAUCAUUGAAAAGAAGGACAAGAAUAAGCCAGAAUGGGAAAAGGCUAUGGAAGUUCCCGGCGAUCAGUUGGAGGCAACCGUAGCCGGCUUGCAAGAAUAUGGUGAAUACCAGUUCCGCGUUAUAGCUGUCAACAAGGCUGGUCCAUCGCCACCAUCGGACGCCAGCGUACCACAAAUAGUGAAAUACAAGAAGUUGAAACCUCGCAUCGACAGAACCAACUUGAAGCCUCUGCUAAUUCGUGCUGGCAAGCCAAUCAAGUACGACGUUAAUGUACGCGGUGAACCUCCACCAACCAUAACUUGGUUCCAGAACGAUAAGGAGCUCAAGCCCGAGGAUCUACCCAGCAAUAGUGAAAUUAAAAAUGUUCCGUACAAUACGAAAAUUUCCAUUAUUGACACAGUCAGAAAACACACCGGCACAUAUAAAAUUGUUGCUAAGAACGAACACGGUGAAGAUGAAGCCACUGUGGAAGUUAACGUUUUGGCUCCACCUGGUAAGCCAAAGGGUCCACUGGCCGUUAAGGAUAUCACAAAAGAUAGCUGUAAGCUGAAGUGGCAAAAACCAGAAGACGAUGGUGGCAAGCCCAUUACAGCAUACCAAGUUGAGAAGUUCGAUAAGAAACAAGGUCGUUGGGUACCUGUCGGUCGUACCUCUGGCAAUGAUACCGAACUUGAUGUCAAGGGCCUUCAAGAAGGCCAUGAGUAUCAGUUUCGGGUCAAGGCCAUCAAUGAGGAAGGUGAAUCAGAACCUUUGGAGACCGAUGGCAGCAUAGUGGCAAAGAAUCCAUAUGAUGCUGCCACCAAGCCAGGUACACCAAAGAUUGAGGAUUAUAAUGAGCAUAUGGUGAAAUUGAAGUGGGAGCCGCCGAGGGAUGAUGGAGGUGCUCCAAUUAUUGGAUAUGUUAUUGAAAAGAAGGAUAAAUUUUCACCAAUUUGGGAUGAGGUUCUCACUACAAGCACGCCCACACCGGAGGCUACCGUUGAGGGCCUUACUGAAGGAAAUGUGUACCAAUUCCGCGUUCGCGCCCUCAACAAAGCUGGUCCUAGCGAGCCCAGUGAUGCAACUGACCCUCAUUUGGCCAAGCCCAGAAAUCUCAAACCAUCCAUCAAUCGAGAAAAACUGAAGCCAGUCAAGGUGCAUGCCGGUCAAACGGUUAAGUUUGAUGUCGAUGUCAAGGGUGAGCCAGCGCCUACGCUAACCUGGUUCUUCAAAGAGAAAGAAGUCACACCCUCUGGACAAGCACGAUUGGAUAACGAAGACUACAAUACCAAAUUUACUUUGUUGGAUACCACUCGCAAGGAGUCUGGUGUUUAUAAGCUCCGCGCAGAAAACAUUAACGGCGUGGAUGAGGCUGAGGUAGAGGUCAUUAUUUUGGACAAACCGUCCAAGCCAGAAGGCCCAUUGGAAGUCUCAGACGUACACAAAGAAGGAUGCAAGCUCAAAUGGAAGAAACCAAAAGACGAUGGUGGUGUUCCCAUUACAAGCUAUGUUGUCGAAAAAAUGGAUACUGCAACUGGCAAAUGGGUGCCAGCUGGCUCUGUUGAUCCCGAGAAAACUGAAAUUGAUGUCAAGGGCUUGGAACCAAACCACCGUUACCAGUUCCGUGUUAAGGCUGUUAAUGAAGAGGGUGAAUCUGAGCCACUUGAAACAGAUUCUGCCAUUGUGGCCAAGAAUCCAUUUGAUGUGUCUGCACCACCUGGACUGCCUGAACUUGAAGACUGGGAUGAACACCAUGUCAAACUUAAGUGGGAACCACCAAUUCGCGAUGGAGGCUCUCCAAUUACCAACUAUAUUAUUGAAGUCAUGGACAAAGACUCGGGAGAGUUUGUCAAAGCAGCUGAAACUGAGGGACCCAUCUGCAAGGGUGUGGUUAAGAAACUCGAAGAAGGUCAGCAAUAUAAAUUCCGUGUUCGUGCUGUAAAUAAGGCCGGCCCCUCUGAGCCGUCAGAGCAAACCAACUGGCAUACAGCUAAGCCUCGUUUCUUGAAACCACAUAUUGAUCGUACUAAUCUGAAGCCUGUGAUCGUCAAAGCUGGUCUAUCGAUUAGCCUCGACAUCAAUGUCAAGGGCGAACCUGCGCCGAAAGUGGAGUGGUUCUUUAAGGAUCAAUUGCUGGUCAGCGACGAAGAAGGAAUCAAAAUUGACAAUGUUGAUUACAAUACAAAAUUCUUUGUCAUGCGCGCUAAGCGCCCACAAAGUGGAAAAUACACCAUCAAAGCCACCAAUGAAGUUGGCGAGGAUGUUGCUGAACUGGACGUUACAGUUUUGGGUAAACCAGGCAAACCAAAGGGUCCAUUGCAAGUCAAUGAUAUUACUAAGCACAGCUGCAAGUUGAAAUGGGAGAAGCCCGAUGAUGAUGGUGGUGCACCAAUCGACUACUACGAAAUCGAAAAACUUGAUCCACAUACUGGCCAGUGGUUGCCUUGUGGCAAGAGCACUGAGCCAGAGGCUAAGGUAAUUGGUCUGCAUGAAGGCAAACCAUACAAGUUCCGCGUCAGAGCUGUCAACAAGGAAGGCGAGUCUGAAGAUUUGGAAACAGAGAAACCAAUCAUUGCAAAGAAUCCGUUCGAUGAGCCAGAUAAGCCUGGUCGUCCAGAGCCCACUAACUGGGACAAAGACUUUGUGGACUUGGCAUGGGAUCCACCAAAGAACGAUGGUGGCGCUCCCAUUCAAAAGUAUGUCAUUCAAAUGCGCGACAAGUCAGGACGUGCAUGGGUUGAUGCAGCCACCGUUCCUGGAGAUAAGACAAAGGGAACAGUCACAAAUGUUGAGGAAGGAAAGGAAUAUGAGUUCCGUAUUGUUGCCGUCAAUAAGGCUGGUCCUAGUGAGCCUAGCGAUGUUUCGAAAUCAGUUGUCGCUAAGCCUCGUUUCCUGAAGCCCCACAUUGACCGCAAGAACCUGCAAAAGAAGAUAUUGAGAAGCGGACAAAUGCUGCACAUGGAUGCAGCUGUUAAGGCCGAACCUCCAGCGAAAAUUACAUGGACUUACAACGGAGCUGAAAUAACUUCCAGCGAUAAAAUCAAAAUUGAAAAUGAGGAGUACAAAACGACGUUCAUAAUGCCGAAAGUAAGACGUGCUGAUAGAGGUACAUAUGUUGUUACCGCUAAGAACGAUUCCGGCACUGAUACUGUGGAAGUGGAAUUGGAAGUGCUAUGCAAGCCAAGCAAGCCUAAGGGUCCUUUGGCUGUCUCUGAUGUUACUGCAGAGGGUCUGCACUUGAAAUGGGACAAACCUGAUGAUGAUGGUGGUGAGCCGAUAGAGCACUACGUUGUGGAGCGCAUGGACACCGAAACCGGCCGUUGGGUACCAGUUUUGACAACAAAAACACCAGAAGCAGAUGUUACUGGCCUAACCGAAGGAAAGGAAUACCUGUUCCGCGUAAAGGCCGUCAAUGCUGAAGGAGAAUCUGAACCUUUGGUCACUGACUCACCUGUCACAGCCAAAAAUCCAUACGAUGCAGCUGAUACCCCUGGCAAACCGCAAAUUACUGACUGGUCUGCCAACCAUGCAGAUCUUAAAUGGCGGGCGCCCGAUGACGAUGGUGGCGCACCAAUCACCGGUUACAUUGUUGAGAAGAAAGAUAACAAUACCGGAAAAUGGCAAAAGGUUUUGGAAACAAAUACACCAGAUUGUAAGGCGCGUGUCAAUGACUUAAUCGAAGGCACUAAAUACCAAUUCCGUGUCAAGGCUGUUAACAAGGCAGGCCAAAGUAAGCCAUCGGAGCCAUCUGAUCAAAUGACUGCGAAGGAUCGCUUUGCUCCCCCCAAAAUUGAUAGAACCAAUAUUAAAGACAUUACUGUCAAAGCUGGCCAACAUGUUCGUUAUGACAUCAAGGUGUCUGGCGAGCCUCCAGCCACAAAGACUUGGUUCCACAACAAGGCUCGUAUUGAGGGCGAUGAUCACAACAUUGAUAUGGAACCAUACCGCACCAAAUUGGCAGUACCAUUUGCCAAGCGCUCGCAUACUGGCAAAUACACAAUUAAGGCUGAAAACGAUUCCGGCCAUGACGAAGCUUCAUUCGAAAUCACUGUUUUGGACAAACCAGCUGCUCCUGAGGGCCCGCUGAGAGUUACAGAUGUGCACAAGGAAGGCUGCAAGCUCAAGUGGAAUCCGCCACUAGAUGAUGGUGGUCUACCCAUUGAACAUUAUAUUGUUGAAAAGAUGGACGUUGACACUGGACGUUGGUUGCCAUCUGGUCGCUUCAAGGAGCCAUUUGCUGAGUUGAAUAAUCUGGAGCCUGGACAUGAAUACAAAUUCCGUGUUCUGGCUGUUAAUACAGAAGGUGAAUCAGAACCAUUGACGGGUGAUCACUCUAUUAUUGCAAAGAAUCCGUUCGACGAGCCUGGAAAGCCAGGUACACCCGAAGCUGUCGAUUGGGACAAAGAUCAUGUCGAUCUGGUAUGGCGACCACCUCUUAAUGAUGGCGGCUCUCCCAUUACCGGCUACGUUGUUGAAAAACGUGAAAAGGGUACUGACAAAUGGAUUAAGGGUGCCGAAGUCCCUGUUCCAUCGCUUGGUGAAGAAUGCAAGGCCACAGUGCCAAAUCUUGACGAGAACUGCGAAUACGAAUUCCGUGUCAAGGCUGUUAACGCAGCUGGUCCUGGUGAACCAUCCGAUGCAAGCAAAUCAGUCAUCACCAAACCAAGGAAACUGGCACCUAAAAUCGACCGCCGCAAUAUCCGAACAUACAAUGUUAAGGCUGGUGAGCCGAUCUUCUUGGAUAUCAGUGUGAGUGGUGAGCCUGCGCCUGACGUUACGUGGACACAAAAUGGCAAGUCUGUACAGCCGACUUCUGCCAGCCAUGUUGAGAACGUUCCUUACAACACCAAAUAUAUCAACAAUAACCCAGAAAGAAAGGACACUGGUCUUUAUAAGAUUGUUGCCCACAAUCUUUAUGGUCAGGAUCAAGUCGAGUUCCAAAUAAAUAUUAUAACUAAGCCCGGUAAGCCCGAAGGUCCCCUGGAAGUAUCCGACAUACAUAAAGAUGGAUGCAAACUUAAGUGGAAGAAGCCGAAGGAUGAUGGCGGAGAGCCUAUUGAGGGAUACUUGGUGGAGAAAUUCGAUCCUGAUACUGGCAUUUGGUUACCUGUAGGCAAGAGCGAUGUGCCAGAAUUCAAUGUCGAUGGAUUAGUACCUGGUCAUGAGUACAAGUUCCGGGUAAAGGCGUUGAACAAAGAGGGAGAGUCUGAGCCAUUAGAAACUAUUGGCUCAAUAAUUGCUAAAGAUCCCUUCACUGUACCAUCAAAGCCUGGCGCACCAGAGCCAACCGACUGGACCGCAAACAAAGUGGAACUUGCAUGGCCCGAGCCUGCUAGUGACGGUGGUUCACCUAUAACUGGCUAUAUCAUUGAAGUGAAAGACAAGUACAGCCCAAUGUGGGAGAAGGCUUUGGAAACUGAUUCUCCAACACCUGUCGCCACUGUGAAUGGACUUAUUGAGGGCAAUGAAUAUCAGUUCCGAGUGAUUGCCUUGAACAAGGGCGGCCAAUCAGAGCCCUCUGAUGCAAGCAAGACUUUCAUUGCUAAGCCACGCUACCUGGCUCCCAAGAUUGACCGCAGAAAUCUGCGUGAUAUAACCAUAUCUGCUGGCACUGCUCUUAAAUUAGAUGCCAAUAUUACCGGCGAACCUGCGCCAAAGGUAGAAUGGAAAUUCUCCAAUUAUCCAUUGACAUCUGGAAAGAAUGUUACCAUCGAAACUCCAGAUUAUUAUACUAAAUUGGUUAUCCGCCCAACUGAACGCGGUGACUCUGGAGAAUAUCUAGUCACAGCAACGAACAGCUCAGGCAAAGAUAGUGUUCUUAUCAACGUGGUUAUUACUGAUAAGCCCACACCUCCAAAUGGACCUCUUCAAAUAUCUGAUGUACAUAAGGAAGGCUGUCAUCUGAAAUGGAAACGCCCUAACGAUGAUGGUGGCACUCCGAUCGAAUACUUCCAGAUUGAUAAACUUGACCCUGAGACUGGUUGCUGGGUGCCAUGUGGCCGCUCAACUGAACCUCAGGCCGACAUAACUGGUCUGACACCUGGAAACGAAUACAAAUUCAGAGUAUCGGCUGUAAACGCAGAAGGCGAAUCUCAACCAUUAGUUGGAGAUGAAUCGAUUAUUGCCAAAAAUCCAUUCGACGAACCUGGUAAGCCAGAAAAUCUUAGAGCAACUGAUUGGGAUAAGGACCAUAUCGAUUUGGCCUGGACACCACCACUAAACGAUGGUGGCUCUCCAAUUACUGGCUAUCUUGUUGAAAAGAAGGAUAAAUACGGCCAAUGGGAGAAAGCACUCGAAGUACCUGCAGAUCAAUGCAAAGCUACUGUACCUGAUUUAGUUGAAGGCCAAGCAUACGAGUUCCGCGUAAGCGCUAUCAAUGCCGCUGGUCCUGGAGAGCCAUCUGAUGCAACUGCACCAAUUGUUGCCAAAUCACGUAAUAAGCCUCCAGUUAUUGACAGAUCCAACCUUAUUGAAGUUCGCAUCAAGGCUGGACAAGCAUUCUCCUUUGACUGUAAGGUCUCGGGAGAGCCAGCACCGAAGACAAAGUGGCUCCUGAAGAAGAAAGAACUCUACACAAAAGACAACGUUAAAGUCACUCAUGUCGAUUAUAAUACCAAAAUUAAGGUCACAAGCGCGACUCGUGCCGAUUCUGGCCUUUACACAGUCCAUGCUGAAAACGCCAAUGGAGAAGAUAGUGCCGACGUUAAAGUCACUGUAAUUGAUAAGCCAUCUCCACCCAAUGGACCCCUUAAGGUUGAAGAUGUUCACGCCGAGGGUUGCACACUUAAAUGGAAUCCACCAGAUGAUGACGGUGGUCAGCCAAUUGAGAACUAUGUGGUCGAAAAACUGGAUGAAAUCUCAGGUCGCUGGGUACCAGCUGGAGAAACAGAUGGACCGACAACAAGCCUGGCAGUCAAGGGCCUUACUCCUGGACACAAAUACAAAUUCAGAGUACGUGCGAAGAAUCGCCAAGGUGUCUCUGAGCCACUUACCACACCUCAUGCCACUGAGGCUAAGAAUCCCUACGAUGAACCCACCAAGCCUGGAACUCCGUCCAUCAAAGAUUUCGACAAAGAUUUCGUUGACCUGGAAUGGACUCGUCCAGAGAGUGAUGGUGGCUCACCUAUUACUGGCUAUGUAAUUGAAAAGAAGGACAAAUACUCACCCGAUUGGGAAAAAUGCGCUGAAGUUGAGGGUGAUGUCACCACCGGCAAGGUUCCUGAUCUGAUUGAGGGUGUUAAAUAUGAAUUCAGAGUACGAGCUGUGAAUAAGGCUGGUCCUGGUGUUCCCAGUGAUGCAACCGAACCUCAUGUGGCCCGUGCCAAAAAUCUGCCACCAAAGAUUGAUCGUAAUUUCAUGCUGGAUAUUAAGAUCAAAGCAGGAAAUGUAUUUGAAUUUGAUGUACCAGUUUCUGGUGAACCAAUCCCCAGCAAGGAAUGGACUCAUGGCGAGAACAUGGUUAUUAACACCGAUCGCGUCAAGAUUUCAAACUAUGAUGAUCGCACAAAAUUGCGAGUGCUUGAUGCCAAACGAGCUGACACUGGGGAAUACACCUUGGUUGCUCGUAACAUAAACGGAGUCGAUAAGCACACUGUGAAGGUCACCGUACUUGAUGUUCCAACUACACCUGAAGGUCCGAUUCGUCCAGAUGAAGUCACUAAGAACUCAAUUACGCUACGUUGGCGUCCACCUAAAGAUGAUGGUGGCUCCGAGAUCACUCAUUAUGUUGUUGAGAAAAUGGAUAAUGAGGCCAUGCGCUGGGUACCAGUUGGUGAAUGCGCUGGCACCGAGAUACGUGCUGAUAACCUAAUUGAAAAUCACGACUACAAUUUCCGAGUGCGUGCUGUUAACAAGAUGGGUCAAUCCCAACCUCUGACCACGACACAAGCCAUCACAGCUAAGGAUCCCUAUUCUCAUCCCGACAAACCUGGACAGCCCAAGGCUGUGGACUGGGGCAAAGAUUUCGUCGAUUUGGAAUGGGCAGCACCAAAACGCGAUGGUGGUGCACCUAUCACCAAUUAUAUCAUCGAAAAGCGACCCAAAUUCGGUCAAUGGGAACGCGCUGCUAGUGUACCUGGCGAUGAAUGCAAGGCACAUAUUCCAAAUCUGACCGAUGGCGGCGAAUAUGAGUUCCGUGUAAUUGCUGUUAAUAAGGGUGGUCAAAGUGAUCCGUCAGAUCCUUCUGGCACUGUCAUCUGCAAACCACGCUUCUUGGCACCAUUCUUUGACAAAUCUCUACUUAAUGAUAUAACCGUGCACGCUGGCAAGCGCUUGGGAUGGACUCUGCCCAUCGAAGCCUCCCCACGCCCCAGCGUCAAGUGGCUGUAUAAUGGCAAAGAAAUUGAGCCAAGUCCACGUGUUGAUAUCAACCUGUUCCAAAACGAACUUACAUUUGAGAUACCCUCAGCGUUGCGCAGCGAUGAAGGCCGUUACACUUUGAUUCUGAAAAAUGAACACGGCUCAUUCGAUGCAUCUGCACACGCAACUGUUUUGGAUAGACCCUCACCGCCUAAGGGCCCAUUGGACAUAUCGAAAAUCACAAGAGAUGGCUGUCAUUUGGCCUGGCAUGUGCCUGACGAUGACGGUGGCUCUCCCAUACUGCAUUAUGUCAUUGAAAAAAUGGACUUAUCCAGAGGCACAUGGUCCGACGCUGGCAUGAGCACACACCCAGUUCAUGAUGUGACACGUCUUGUGCACCGCAAGGAAUAUUUGUUCCGCGUCAAGGCAGUCAAUGCAAUUGGCGAAUCCGAGCCCUUGGAGGCAUCAAAGAGCAUAAUUGCCAAGAACGAAUUCGAUGAGCCCGAUGCUCCAGGUAAACCCAAUGUUACUGACUGGGAUCGCGAUCAUGUCGAUUUACAAUGGGCUUCACCAAAAUCCGAUGGUGGAGCUCCGCUCACAGAAUAUAUCAUACAGAAGAAAGAAAAGGGCAGUCCAUAUUGGGUUAAUGUCCUGCAUGUUCCACCAAACAAGAAUACAGCUACUGUGCCUGAACUUGUGGAAGGACAAGAGUACGAAUUCAGAGUUAUUGCUGUUAAUCAAGCAGGCCAGUCUGAACCAUCUGAGCCAUCAGACAUGGUCAUGGCUAAGCCACGCUACUUGCCUCCAAAGAUAAUAACUCCACUUCAUGAAAUACGCAUUAAGGCUGGACUUAUAUUCCACACCGAUAUCGAUUUUAUUGGUGAGCCAACGCCUGAAGUUAUUUGGACCCAUAACAACAACCCAUUAAAGUCUAACGAAAGAUCAACAAUCACAUCAAUUGGACACCACACUGUUGUCCAUACAGUGAAUUGCCAACGCUCAGACUCUGGAAUUUACCACUUGCUAUUGCGCAACGACUCUGGCAUUGAUGAGGGCAGCUUUGAACUUAUUGUACUUGAUCGCCCUGGACCACCAGAAGGCCCAAUGGAGUACGAAGAAAUCACUGCAAACUCUGUAACCAUCUCAUGGAAGCCACCAAAGGACAAUGGAGGCUCCGAAAUCUCGGCCUAUGUCAUUGAAAAACGUGACUUGACUCAUGGUGGUGGUUGGGUACCAGCAGUUUCCUAUGUUAACGCCAAGUAUAAUCAUGCUGUUGUACCAAGACUUUUGGAAGGCACGAAAUACGAGUUUAGAGUAAUGGCUGAAAAUCUGCAGGGUCGCUCUGAUCCUCUAACCUCCGAUUCACCUGUCGUCGCCAAGAACCAAUACACCGUUCCUGGCGCUCCUGGAAAACCAGAGCUUUUGGACAGCGAUAAGGAUCAUAUUAGCAUUAAAUGGAAGCAGCCCAUCAGCAAUGGAGGCUCCCCCAUUUUGGGCUACGAUAUUGAACGUCGUGAUGUCACUACUGGUCGCUGGAUUAAGAUUAAUGGUGAACCGGUACCAACCACCGAAUACAAUGAUGAACGCGUAUCACCGAACCAUCAAUACGAGUACAGAGUAUCGGCCGUUAAUGCCGCCGGUAACAGCAAGCCAUCUGAACCAUCGUGUAUUCUGAGCGCCCGUCCUAUGCGCGAGAAACCAAGACUACAUCUUGAUGGUCUUGUUGGCAGACGUAUUAAGGUUCGCGCUGGAGAGCCAGUCAAUGUUAACAUACCCAUUUCUGGAGCUCCUACACCAACUAUCGAAUGGAAGCGUGGUGACGCAAAGAUACCAGAAAACAAGCGAGUUUCGUACGAUACAAACUCGGAACGUACAAUCUUCCGCAUCGAUGAUUCCAAUAGACAAGACGGUGGAAAAUACACUGUCACUGCAAGCAAUGAAUUUGGCAAGGACUCUGCUGAUAUCGAGAUAAUCGUUGUAGACAAGCCAACGCCUCCAGAAGGACCACUGACCUACACUAAGACCGCUCCAGAUCACAUUUCAUUGGAAUGGCAUCCACCUAAGGAUGAUGGCGGUAGUGAAAUCACCGGCUAUGUCAUUGAAUACACUGAAUUCGGUGUUGAUGACUGGAGACCUGCACCAGGCUAUUGUCCAAAGACCAAUUACACUGUCAAGGGAUUAACUGAAGGCAAGAAAUACAUCUUCCGUGUAAGAGCUGAGAACAUCUAUGGCGUCUCCGAUGCCCUAGAGGGUAAGCCAGUGGUUGCAAAGUCACCCUUCGACGCACCAGAUGCACCUUCUCAGCCCCAAGUUGUGGCAUAUACUCCAAACUCGGCCAGCUUGGAAUGGCAUCCACCAGAAUAUUGCGGUGGCAAACCAAUUUCAGGAUAUAUUGUUGAACGCAGGGAACGUGGCGGCGAAUGGAUUAAGUGUAAUAACUACCCAACGCCGAAUACAAGCUACACAGUUCCUGACCUGCGCGAAGGCGCUCGUUACGAAUUCCGCGUAACUGCCGUCAAUGAAGCCGGUCCUGGCAAGCCAUCGAAGCCAUCUGAUCCUAUUACAGCUGAGCUUCAACGUUACCGUCCAGACCCACCAGAGCCACCAAAGCCAGAUCGCAUCACAAAGGAUAGUGUCACAUUAUCUUGGAGACCACCUCGCAAUGAUGGAAAGUCUAAGAUCAAGGGCUACUAUGUGGAAGUACGACCCAAAAAUUCCAAAGAUUGGACUCCGGUUAACGAUAUUCCAAUCAAUUCCACUGUAUAUACCGUACCAAACUUGAAAGAAGGGGAGGAGUACUCUUUCCGCAUUAUUGCCGAAAAUGACGUUGGCCGCUCCGACCCAUCGAAGCCAUCACAGCCAAUCACAGUCGAAGAACAACCGAACAAGCCAUGCAUGGACCUUGGAGGAGUUCGUGAUAUUAUUUGCCGUGCCGGAGAUGAUUUCAGCAUUCAUGUUCCCUAUGUGGCCUUCCCCAAGCCAACUGCAUUCUGGUAUUCCAACGACACUGUGCUUGACGAUGAUCAGCGUGUGCAUCAACAUCUCACUGAUGAUGCUGCUGCAUUCGUGGUCAAGAACUCGAAGCGAUCCGACUCUGGUCAAUACCGCCUGCAACUCAAAAAUCCAUCUGGAUUUGAUACUGCCACAAUCAACGUUAAGGUCUUGGACAGACCGAAGCCACCAACCAAUUUGCGCGCCGAUGAAUUUGCUGGUGACGCGCUAACAUUGUACUGGAACCCACCCAGAGAUGAUGGUGGAUCUCCAAUUACGAACUACAUUGUUGAAAAGAAGGAAGCCCGUUCAUCAACAUGGACCAAGGUUAGCAGUUUCUGCACGGUUCCCUUCGUACGCGUUCGCAACCUGGCCAUUGGCAAAGAGUACGACUUCCGUGUCAUUGCCGAGAAUAAAUAUGGUCAGUCUGAUCCAGCUAAUACAUCUGAGCCAAUUCGUGCCAGACAUCCAUUUGAUGUGCCCAAUGCCCCUGGAAUUCCACGUGGAAUUGAUUCCACAGAGGAUAGCAUUACAAUUGCUUGGUCUAAGCCCAAACACGAUGGCGGCUCUCCAAUCACUGGAUACGUCAUUGAGAAACGUCUACUCAGCGAAGAUAAGUGGACCAAGGCAGUUCAUGCAUUGUGCCCAGAUCUUACAUGCAAAAUACCAAAUCUGAUCGAAAACGCUGAAUAUGAAUUCAGAGUGGCUGCAGUGAAUGCAGCAGGUCAGUCGCCAUUCAGCGCAUCGAGCGACCUUAUUUACUGCCGUCGUCCACCACAUGCACCAAAGAUUACAUCUGACUUGUCGAUUCGCGAUAUGACAGUGAUUGCUGGAGAAGAGUUCCAUAUCACUGUACCAUAUCACGCCAAUCCCAGACCCACACCAUUAUGGUCAAUCAACGGACUUGAAGUUGUUCCUGAUGAGCGCAUCAGGUUUGAGACUGACGAUUACACUUCAGUCUAUCACAACAAAUCUGCCAAGCGAUCAGAGACUGGUUCAUACACAAUAACAUUGACAAACAGCAAGGGAUCUGACACCGCUGCUUGCCAUGUGACAGUCGUAGACAGACCUGGACCACCACAAGGCCCAUUGAAUGCCUAUGAUAUCACUCCAGACACCUGCACACUGGCCUGGAAAACGCCACUUGAUGAUGGCGGCUCACCAAUUACCAAUUAUGUUGUUGAGAAACUUGACAACAGUGGUACUUGGGUCAAGGUCAGCAGCUUUGUGCGCAACACGCACUACGAUGUGAUGGGCCUGGAGCCAAACCACAAAUACCACUUCCGUGUCCGCGCAGAGAAUCAAUACGGCUUGUCCGAUCCACUUGAUAUGCCUGAUCCAAUUGUGGCCAAACAUCAAUUCACAGUACCUGAUGAGCCAGGACAGCCGAAGGUUAUUGAUUGGGACUCCGGCAAUGUUACCCUCAUUUGGACACGUCCCGCAAGCGAUGGCGGCUCAAGAAUUCAAGGAUAUCAAAUUGAAUACCGUGAUAUCGUCAAUGAUUCGUCAUGGAAUACAUACGAGUACUUGAUCAAGGACACCAAAUACCAACUGUAUAACCUUACGAAUGGUAGCGAGUACGAGUUCCGCAUCAAGGCGAAGAAUGCAGCUGGUUUCAGCAAACCAUCACCACCAUCAUUGAGAUUCAAGCUUAAGGGCAAGUUCAAUGUACCAUCACCACCAGGCACUCCACAAGUUACAAAGGUUGGAAAGAACUAUGUAGACUUGAAAUGGGAGAAGCCAUUGAGCGAUGGUGGCUCUCGCAUUACCGGCUAUAUUAUUGAACGCCGCGACAUCGGUGGUGCCGUUUGGGUUAAAUGCAAUGACUACAACGUAUUGGACACCGAAUACACGGUUAUUAACCUGAUUGAGAUGGGUGACUAUGAAUUCCGCAUUUUCGCCGUCAAUGCUGCUGGACGUUCAGAGCCGAGCUCUUGCACAAUGCCCAUUAAAGUGUGCGAGGUCUUGGGCGGAGAAAAACCAGAUUGGAUUCAACGUUUGCAAGACAGAGUGGCUCCAUGCGGCAAGGACUUUACCUUGCAGUGUGCUGCCUCUGGUAAGCCAAGCCCAACGGCUAGAUGGCUGCGUAACGGCAAGGAAAUACAAAUGGGUGGCGGUCGCAUUACAUGUGAUAGCAAGGAUGGCGUCUUCAGAUUGCACAUUUCGAAUGUACAGGCUGGAGAUGAUGGCGACUAUACCUGCGAAGCAAUCAACUCUCUAGGAUUUGUGCACACAUCAGGUUACCUCAAGAUAGGUUCCCCACCAAUUAUUAACAGAUGUCCGAACGAACUGUUCUUGCCCGAGGGAGAUAACACUAAGAUCAAGGUUUACUAUUCUGGCGACCAGCCACUGAAUGUGAAGAUAACUAGAAAUAACGAAGUUAUUUCCGAUGGUCAAGAUGAAUCGCACUUCAAAUUCACCAUUUUCGACGACUAUAUUGCAAUAUUCAUACGCGAUAUUGUAAAGAACGAUGCUGGACAAUAUCAAAUCGAGCUCAGCAACGAUUCUGGAGUAGCGACCGGACAAUUCCAUGCCUAUAUCACAGGCCUGCCAUCAGCACCUGUUGGCCCAAUGGGCAUUUCUCAUAUCAACAAGCACUCGUGCACAUUGGCAUGGCGACCACCAACCUACGAUGGUGGUCUUAAAGUAACACACUAUGUGGUCGAACGCAAAGACAUAUCAUCUCCACACUGGAUUACCGUCUCCAGCACCUGCAAAGAUACAAACUUCAAUGUGCAGGGCUUGCUAGAGAACCAAGAAUACAUAUUCCGUGUUAUGGCUGUUAAUGAAAAUGGCAUGGGUCCACCAUUGGAGGGCUUGAAUCCGAUCCGUGCUAAGGCACCAAUUGAUCCGCCCUCGCCCCCAGGCAUUCCACAAAUCACUGAGAUUGGCGGAGACUUUGUGCAUUUGGAAUGGAGCAAGCCAGAAUCUGAUGGCGGUGCUCAUAUUCAAGGUUACUGGAUAGACAAACGUGAAGUGGGCAGCGGCACAUGGCAGAGAGUUAACGCCAUUAUAAGCGCUGCACCUCAAAUCAAUUGCCCCAACCUGAUCGAAGGACGACAGUACGAGUUCCGCGUGUUUGCCCAGAACGAGGCCGGCUUAUCGAAGGAGUCUUCCUCAUCCCAGGCUGUUAAAAUCAUUGAUCCUAAGGCAGCAACACCUCCAGUUAUUGUCAAGCCUUUGCGCGAUGCCAACUGCAUUCAGAACCACAAUGCACAGUUUACUUGCACAAUCACUGGUGUGCCCAAACCGACAAUUACGUGGUACAAGGGAGCUCGCGAAAUCUCAAAUGGAGCUCGUUACCACAUCUAUUCAGAGGGUGAAAACCAUUUCUUGAACAUCAACGACGUAUUUGGCGAAGAUGCCGAUGAAUAUGUCUGUCGUGCUGUCAACAAAGCUGGCGCUAAGUCAACGCGUGCUGCCUUGGCUAUCAUGACUGCACCAAAAUUGAACGUGCCACCACGAUUCAGAGAUACAGCCUACUUCGAUAAGGGCGAGAAUGUUGUCAUUAAGAUACCAUUCACAGGUUUCCCCAAACCCAGAAUUCAUUGGGUUAAGGAAGGUGAAAACAUCGAAUCAGGUGGUCACUAUAAUGUUGAAGUUAAGGAACGGCAUGCCAUAUUGACUAUUCGUGAUGGUUCACGUCUGGACUCUGGUCCAUACAGAAUUACAGCCGAAAACGAACUUGGCUCGGACACUGCGAUCAUCAAGGUGCAAAUUAGCGACCGUCCAGAUCCACCACGAUUCCCACUUAUUGAAAGUAUUGGCACAGACUCACUGUCCCUCAGCUGGAAGGCUCCCGUAUGGGACGGUGGUAGCGACAUUACAAAUUACCUUGUGGAGCGUCGUGAGCAUCCUCUGUCGUCCUGGAUUCGUGUGGGUAACACACGUUUCACCUCAAUGGCCGUCAGUGGUCUUACACCUGGCAAGGAGUAUGACUUCCGUAUCUUUGCUGAUAACGUCUAUGGUCGCUCUGACCCAUCAGACAUUAGCACAUUGAUCAAGACAAAGGAGUCGAUUAAGAAGAAGCAAACAGAACGCAAAUAUGAACUUGACGAGAAUGGCAAGAAAAUACGCGGAAAGGCCGAUGGUCCAAUUAAGGACUACGAUUCCUAUGUAUUCGACAUAUACUCCAAAUUUGUACCGCAGCCUGUUGAAAUUUCACAGCGUAGCGUUUACGACAAAUAUGAUAUUCUGGAAGAGAUCGGAACUGGCGCUUUCGGGGUUGUUCAUCGUUGCCGCGAACGUGCAACUGGUAACAUUUUCGCAGCCAAGUUUAUCCCUGUCUCCCAUGCCGUUGAGAAGGAUCUGAUUCGUCGUGAGAUCGACAUUAUGAAUCAGUUGCAUCACCAGAAACUCAUCAAUUUGCACGACGCCUACGAGGACGAUGAUGAAAUGGUCCUUAUACUCGAAUUCUUGUCCGGCGGAGAGCUCUUCGAACGUAUCACUGCCGAGGGCUAUAUUAUGACUGAAGCCGAAGUUAUCAAUUACAUGAGACAGAUUUGCGAGGGUAUUAGACACAUGCACGAGAAGAACAUUAUUCAUUUGGACAUCAAACCGGAGAAUAUCAUGUGCCAGACCCGCAGCAGCACCAACGUCAAACUAAUUGACUUUGGUUUGGCAACCCGAUUGGAUCCAAAUGAAGUUGUCAAGAUAACCACUGGAACUGCUGAGUUUGCUGCUCCAGAGAUUGUGAAUAGGGAACCUGUUGGUUUCUACACCGAUAUGUGGGCCACUGGAGUGCUUGCCUAUGUUCUCUUGAGCGGACUAUCUCCGUUUGCUGGUGACAACGAUGUACAAACACUGAAGAACGUUAAGGCUUGCGAUUGGGACUUCGAUGUGGACGCUUUCCGUCACAUUUCCGAAGAAGGCAAAGAUUUCAUUCGCAAGCUGCUGCUUGCGAACAAAGAGAAACGAAUGACUGCUCACGAAUGUCUUUUGCAUCCAUGGCUAACUGGCGACCACAGCGAUCUCACGCAAAAGAUUGCUCGCGAUCGUUAUCUUGCAUAUCGCGACAAGCUGCGCAAGAAGUACGAGGACUUUGAAAAGUAUUUAUUACCCAUUGGUCGCUUGUCCGAGUACUCUUCACUGCGCAAACUAUUAAUGGAGAAAUACAAAAUACACGAUGCCGUCUUCGAUCGUCGUCAAGCCGCACCACGCUUCGUUAUUCGCCCAUCAUCACAGUUUUGCUAUGAGGGCCAGAGCGUGAAGUUCUACUGCCGUUGCAUAGCAAUUGCUACGCCCACACUCACAUGGUCGCACAACAAUAUCGAACUGCGACAGAGUGUUAAGUUCAUGAAGCGCUAUGCUGGUGAUGACUAUUACUUCAUCAUCAAUCGUGUCAAGCUUGAGGAUCGCGGCGAGUACAUAAUUCGUGCCGAAAAUCAUUACGGCUCCAGAGAAGAAGUCGUUUUCCUGAAUGUUCAUCCACUGCCAAAAGAACAGCCGAGAUAUCGUACCGAAUCGACGCCAGUUCGCCGCCGUGAGCCCUUGCCAUAUACCUUCUGGCAAGAGGAAUCUGAAUCGGCACCCAGUUUUACAUUCCUGUUACGUCCUCGGGUUAUGCAAGCCCGAGAUACAUGCAAGCUGCUUUGUUGUCUAAGUGGCAAGCCAGUGCCCACAGUUAAAUGGUACAAAGAUGGCCGCGAACUUAGCAAAUACGAAUACGCAAUGACGCAUUCAGAUGGUGUCGUCACUAUGGAAAUUAUUGACUGCAAACCUUCGGACUCCGGCAAGUACACUUGCAAGGCUACCAAUUGCCAUGGAACGGAUGAGACCGAGUGCGUCGUCAUUGUCGAAGGAGAAUGGGUUACACCUGAGCAGGCUGAGCUUGCCCACAACUUCCUUUAUUCAGGAGAUCGAAAGUACAUAGAACAACACUUUAAGCCAGCACCACCGCCAAUAAUUACAACCCGCCAGUUCACCUCGAGUUCACAGCAAGUAACAAACAGAAGCACAACAACCCAGUCUGGCAACAGCACAAGUUCCUCAACAACGCAGAAUAGCAUUUCAAGCAAGAAGAAAUAUGCGUCAAGUAGCUUACAGGCCCCUGGCAGCCCAUCAAGAUCUCGCAGUGCUACCAAAGAGCUAAUACUUCCUCCAGACGAUUCCUUAAUGUGCAAGCCCGAAUUCACAAAGCCUCUACAGGAUUUGACAAUUCGUGAUGGCGAACAAUUGGUUUUGACAUGCCACGUAAAAGGCGAUCCGGAACCACAAAUCACAUGGUCGAAGAACGGCAAGUCCGUUUCAUCCUCAGACAUUAUGGACUUGAAAUAUAAGAAUGGUAUUGCCACCCUCACCAUUCACGAGGUCUUCCCCGAAGAUGAAGGAGUAUUCACAUGCACGGCCACCAACUCGAUUAGCGCUGUAGAAACUAAGAGCAAGCUCACCGUCAAGCCUUUGGACAAAAAUGCCAAGCGUCAUGUGACUGGCAGCGACAAGCCACCAAAAAUAGUGAGCCAUCUGGAAUCCCGCUUUGUCAAGGAUGGUGAUGCAGUGACGUUAGCCUGCCGCAUCAUCGGAGCCAAGCACUUCGAUGUGGUCUGGCUGCACAACAACAAGGAGAUCAAGCCCAGCAAAGAUUUCCAGUACACGAACGAGGCCAAUAUUUAUCGCCUGCAAGUAGCCGAAAUCUUCCCCGAAGACGGCGGCACCUACACCUGCGAGGCAUUCAACGAUGCCGGCGAAUCAUUCAGUACCUGCACCAUCAAUGUCCUGGUACCUGGCGACGAGCCCAAGCAGCCUGCCUUUGUCAAAUUCCCGAUUUCCGUGUCGGUCACCGAAGGCGAGAAUGCGACAUUCGAAUGCGAAUUGGAUGGCGAGGUACUGAAUCUGGCAUGGAUCAAGGAUGGCAAGCCCGUGGACGAGAGCCGUUCCAAAUACUCAUUCACCAAGGAUGGCAAUCGCUAUGCCUUCACCGUUGCCAAAUGCAAUCUGGAUGAUGUUGGCCAAUACCAGGCGAAGGCCGUUGGCAAGAAACACGAAACUUUGUGCGCAUUUUCCGUAAAUGUUCACUCCACCGAUGCUUAAGUCCAUCGAAUCCUAUAUCGUACUAUAUAAUGCCUACAUACAUAUCUCUAAAUAUGUAUUAUGCAAACGAACUGACUAGACUGCUCACGGAUUCGCUCUCAUUUUUCAAAAACUGUCUCUACCCAUAGUCUUGAAACAAAACAAAAACAAAAAAGCCAAAAAACAGAAACAAAAACAAAAAAGAGAAGAAAAAAGAACGCAACGAAAAUCAGAUUAAAUAUCAGACCCUUCAUUUCGACUUGUAUGUAUAUUAUUGUAUUUUAAUGAUACCCGAGUGAAAUAGUAUGAGCGAAAUGUAGUUAAUCUUAAUACAAUUACGUCUAUUUUUUUUUGUUUUUUUUUUAUUUAAUUUGAAUACAUAAUAGCAAACCUACUGACAAAACGAUAUCUAGAGAAGAAAGAAUAAAAAUCAGAACAAAAAUGACGAGACAAACGCCGCUGGCGCCGCUUGAGUGACUGGCAUCCUCAAAAUAACAUCAAAAACACAACAAAAAAUCACUCCUGUGGCUAAGUAUGUUUGUAUUCUGUCGUAAAUCUGCCGAAACAUUGUAAUUGUAUAACUUAUGACAAAACUGUGUGUGUUUUUUAAGCAUCACCAACAUGUCAGAACAUGUCUACGGUUAUUGACACCAAAAAUACAUGUAAAUUGUAAUAAUACAAUAAUAAUAAAAACAAACGAAAUUUCAAUAAUAUAAAUGAUUAAAA